ACACUUCUGCAUAGUGUUCCACAGAAAUCCACGUCUUGCACAUGCUCAUCUCAGUUGAGUUCCACUAAGAUUUUCUUUCCAGUAUUUGAUCGAAGAGAUGGAUAAAAUGGAAGAGUGCUAUAGGGACUUGUCUUCUGCCCUGUGAGAACAUAGGCUCAUCACUCUGUCCUCCAGUAACUCGUGUUUUGAAGAUAUCACCAUGACAGCGUUUGAUUUCUCGGAUGUGGAGGCAUUCUUGGACUGCCAUCCGGAUCUGUUUGAGGAAUACCUGGUGCGAAGAGCGAAAUGCGAUCAGGUGAGCAGGUGGUUGAAGGAUCACCAACCGUCCAAAGUGUCCACGGCGGAGGAGAAGAGAGGCGCCGCUCUAGACCCACUUUGGCCCACCAACAACACCGACGGACUCCGGCGCAGAUCUUCCCACAUGGAGCUGCGACGGAACUUUGCGCGCUCCAAAGCCACCACUGCGCACCGCACAUACGACGAGCACGUGAGCCUGAGCGAACACGAGUCCCAGUCGAGCAUGAGGCGCCGCGCGCUCCUGCGUAAAGCCAGCUCCCUGCCUCCAACCACCGCGCACAUCUUGAGCGCACUGCUGGAAUCAAGGGUCAACGUGCCUCAGUACGCCUCCAGCGCUAUUGACUACAAAUACAGACUGAAAGAAACCAACGAAAGGGAGUUUUUCUUGGAGUUGGUAAAAGAUAUAUCAAACGAACUGGACCUGACCAACCUGAGUUAUAAAAUCCUGAUUAACGUGUGCAUCCUAGUGGAUGCUGACAGGUGCUCGCUUUUCCUCGUUGAGGGACCCGCUCACAAGAGGACCUUAGUGUCCAAAUUCUUUGAUGUGCACUCCGGCACUACAGUAAGACCAUCAUCCAGCACUGUUGACUCUAAUGAAGUGCAAGUGCCGUGGGGGAAAGGCAUCAUUGGAUAUGUAGCAGAGCAUGGAGAGACUGUAAACAUCUCUAAUGCAUAUGAGGACCACCGUUUCAGUGAUGAGAUUGACAAGUUAACUGGCUACAAGACUCAGACCAUCCUCUGCAUGGCCAUCUGCAACAGCGAUGGAGAAGUCAUUGGCGUUGUUCAAGCAAUCAACAAAAACCCCAUGGGAAUCCCUUUCAAUGAAGACGAUGAGAAGGUGCUGCAGAUGUAUCUACCAUUCUGUGGAAUAUCGAUUUCCAAUGCCAAGUUGUUUUCAGAGUCUCGCAAAGAGUAUGAGAGAAGUAGGUCUUUGUUAGAGGUGGUGAAUGACUUGUUUGAAGAGCAGACCGACUUGGAGAAGAUUGUCAGGAAGAUCAUGCAGAGAGCGCUGACACUUCUGCAGUGUGAGCGCUGCUCUGUACUUCUCCUGGAGGACAUCGAUUCACCGGUUGUGAAAUUCUCUAAGACGUUUGAGCUCAUGUCUCCCUUGUGCAACAUAGACCGGGAUAUCAGCAUGGAAAAGUUGUCCUGCUCGGACUGGCUAAUCAAUAACAGCAUUGCUGAGCUGGUGGCCUCCACUGGACUGCCAGUUAACAUUAGCGAUGUCUGUCAGGACCCACGCUUUGAUGCUGAGGCAGAUCAAGCUUCGGGGUUUCACAUCAGAUCUGUCUUAUGUGUCCCUAUUUGGAAUCGAACUCAUCAGAUAAUUGGAGUUGCACAAAUUCUGAAUCGGUUGGACAGGAAGACAUUUAAUGAUGCAGAUCAGAGGCUAUUUGAGGCAUUUGUGAUAUUUUGUGGACUUGGCAUCAACAAUACAAUGAUGUACAACCAGGUGAAGAAGACCUGGGCCAAACAGUCAGUUGCUCUGGAUAUGCUGUCUUACCAUGCUACCUGCUCCAAAGUAGAAGUUGACCGACUCAAGGCUGCUAAGAUCCCCCUGAGCAACGAGCUGGGCAUUGAUGAGUUUCAUUUCAAUGACUUCUCCUUGGACAAUGAUGCCAUGAUCACUGCAUCUCUCCGAAUGUUUCAGGACCUGGGAGUUGUGCAGAAGUUUAAAAUUGACUAUGAGGUUUUAUGUCGCUGGCUUCUGACUGUGAGGAAGAACUAUCGAACUGUUGCCUAUCAUAACUGGAGACAUGCUUUCAAUGUGUCGCAGUGCAUGUUCACCAUGAUAAAGACACCCAACUUCCAGGAUGUUCUUGCAGACACAGAGAUCCUGGCUCUGAUGGUGGGCUGUUUGUGCCAUGACUUGGACCACCGAGGCACCAACAAUGCGUUUCAAGCCAAGACUGGCUCUGCGCUCGCUCUGCUCUAUGGGACCUCAGCCACCCUGGAGCAUCAUCACUUCAACCACGCUGUCAUGAUUUUGCAGAGUGAGGGUCACAACAUCUUUGCAAACCUCAGCUCGAAGGAGUACAGCAACAUGAUGCAACUAUUGAAGCAGGCCAUUCUCUCCACUGACCUCACUUUGCACUUUGAGCGCCGGGCCAAGUUCUUUGAGUAUGUCUUGUCUGGAGAAUUCAGUUGGACAGAUGAAGGACACAGAGAAGCACUCAGGUCCAUGCUGAUGACAGCGUGUGAUCUGGGUGCUGUCACUCGACCUUGGAAGAUUUCCAAACAGGUUGCAGAGCUGGUGACAAGUGAAUUCUUUGAGCAAGGAGACAGAGAGAGGUCUGAGCUUAAAUUAACACCAGCAGCCAUCUUUGACCGUAAUCGCAAGGAUGAACUGCCUGCCUUACAGCUGGAAUGGAUUGAUGGGAUCUGUAAACCCCUUUACCAGGCACUGCUAAAGCUCAACAGGAAGCUACAGCCAAUGUUGGAUGGGAUAGAGGCAAACCGAGAGAAGUGGCAGGAACUCUGUUUGUCCCGUGAGCGGACCCACAGAGCCUCAGUGUCCAGUCUGUUUCCCGAACCAGGCCAGAAUACUGAGCCCAGUGAUGAUGCUAAGACCAGUGAAAGUCUGGAGCGCCCAGAAAAAGAUAGGCCGGUGAAAAACAACAUAAUGGGUUCAAAGUUUGACUGCACUGAUGAUCGAGGGUGCAGAGCAAACAAAGAGUCAUCUGAUGAUAAAGUAGUUCGCAGCAAAGCAUCACAAGGAAAAAAGUAAAUCAUUCUUUACAUGAAAUAUGAAGCUUGGCUUCAUCUGCUGAGCUUACUGCUUCUGAAGGUAUUUUUCCACUCGUCUAUUUUUGAGGUGCGGUGUCUCUGUUUGAAUAUAACCAAAAAACGAUUCAUCCUUGACAUAAAAAACUGUUCAAACCAAAGAGAGACGGGUGUUAGUCUAGUUUGUCCAUUGGAAUGCCUUUGCAAAGCACAAAAGACUCACUGUGACAUCUCAUCAGCUGCCUCAAUGAAUGUAGAUUGGGUUCUUGAAUGUAACAGGUAAUCUGUGUUCUCAGAUUUAUUUAAGCUGCAUGCCCCCCCAGGUUUUGAUGAUUUACUGUUGCGUAAUUGGUUCUUUGUAAUGCAUGUACAAUUUGCCUUAUUAUCAGUGAUGUACCUAAGUCAGUUUUGCAGAAAAAAGUAUUUAAAAAUACAGUGUAAUAUUUAAUAGAUUUUGUAAAAGCCAUUUUACCCAAACUUUUGAAGCUAGCGUGCCUGUAGUGUUCACUUCAGUCUCAGAUGCUCUUUUGCCAAUGUCCCACAUACAUCUGCUGAGGUUAUUGCUAGGCAACUCCUGAAAGGAGAAAAGGAAUUUAUUUUGUCGCUCAGUAUGUCUUUGAAGUGCACACAGCCGUUUAAGCCACAGUGUAUAAGCUAGUAAUAUGACUGUGUCUUCAUAGGCUGUUCUUUGUUGUACGCAGAUGUUGUAUAGGUUUCCAUGUCUGUUGUUGCACGCUGGCUGUGUUGGAACUGCAUGUCGAUUGUUGAAGAUUGUUGUUGACUCUAGCGACCUUGAUGCCUUUAAGUGCCCUAGGAGAUUUGAUUUGCAUGCAGCAACAGGAAUGCUUAUUUGAUUGUUUUUGUGUUUGAAUUUGUUAUUGAAAUGUUGUCCAGACAGUCAGAAUGAAUGUUUUCAUUGAGAGACUUUAGCAGGACUACAAAUUCAUUAUUUUCCAUAAACCUAGGAAACUGCCUCUACCAGUUUUGUGAUUUUUUGUAUGAAAAAGGUAAUGUUAAGAUUCUUAAAUGUUAAGACGUUCCCCAUCUAGUGGACUUCUAAAAGAGACCAGACUGUGUGCCUUACAGGAGACCUUUUGUCAUAUUUGUCAGUUAAAUUCUUGCCAGAAUGGUAUUUAACAUGAAAUUUAGGGUUUAUUGUAAAAAAAAAAACAAUUCACCCUUUAUUUUUAGAAGAACGUUGCAUCUUUUUUUUCAACCGGUUAUUUGGGUUACAGGUUGAAAUUGUGAUUUUUCCUGUGUUCAUUGGAAGAUUUGUAAAUCAAAUCAACCUUUAUUUAUAUAGCACUUUUACAACAACAUAUGUCACUCAAAGUGCUGUGCAUAAAAUACAAUAAAAUUUAAAAACAAGAUGACAAGACAAACAGUGCCGACAACCCACCACCCAAGUUCAUGGAGUACACUACCACAGAACCCCCCAGAUCUGAUCGAUAGAGUCAGACCCGGGAGAUUGUAGAACCACUGAUGUCACACCUAGACUGGAAUUAGCCAAUAAGGGUAAAGGGGCAGUAUAGCUGUUCAUAGCAGGGCUUGGUUUUUUCCAGCAUUCAGUGAGUAAAAUUCUCUCUGGUUGUUGGGAUAAGAGUUUGAUUCAAAGCUCAAAAUGCCCAAGAAGCAUUCCUAUGAGGAUAUUUCUUAGAAGAUUUACCAUCCAAAAUGGUUGGUACGCUCCCCCCCUUGGAAAUAGUUGUAUCGGAAACAUCCUUACAGUGGGAUCAAUGUAAAUACUUGCGUGAGUUUCUAAUCUGUAAAAUGCAGCGACUUAACUUUCAAAUUCACAUUUUUGUGAGUGUGAUUUUGUGAUAGCUGUAAAACAUUUAACCACCAAUUUAGACCAUGCACAACAACACCAUGGAUCUAAAAGAGGGAGGGACAUCAACUGACACAGCAUCUGUUAUUGGUCACAUAUAACUAUCACAAAAAUUAAACCCAAUGUUAAAGCAUAAUGUGAUAAUAAACAUAAAAAGAGCACAAAAUGACCUCUGAAUUUUUGGUAGCCACUAGGUGCCGGAUUUAAAAAAAUUUGGCCUGUUUUUAAAUAGUGCAAAAGUCAUCCUUUAACUAAUAAUCAUACCAAUAAUAAUUAGAUAUUACAGUAAAUAACAAACUCCAAGGAUGGGGAGGGGAGAAAGUUUAUUUCCACUUCACUUCCUGGCAUUUUAUUUUCAUUUUUAUUUAUUUAUGAUGGAAGUUAUUUCUGUAGAAAGCAAGAAAUGUUCUCGUAUUAAUGUGUUAACUUGUACCUUUAUUGUUUGUUCUAUUAUCCAGCAUUAUUUCUAGAUGUAUUUUUUAAAGUAGAUGUAAAUUUUGUUACGUUGCUAGUUUUUAUUCUUUGCAUUUUUAUUACUAAGUGGGCUAAGUUCACUGUGCUUAAUUGAACAGAGUCUUUAGUGCUUUGAUGGGAAAAGGAGAGCUUAAAUGUUUUGGUUCAUGCAGAAAUUACUACCACAUCUCUGCCUUUUGUUCAUGCUCAUGCUACAACUCACAACUAUGUGCUUUCCUGCAUUCUGCAAAUAGUGACUAGCCAAAAUAACUAAGGAUGGGUGUGAAAAAAAUGUGAAAAAGACUUGAAACUCAAGCCUUUAAAAUGUUUUUCACGAAUCAGAAUGUAUAUAUAUUUGAUUCUCUAUGGAGACUAGAGGUUUUUGAAAUAACAGAUAUAUGUUUUAAAAUAUGUUUAAUAUUUUUAAAUUUGCUUCUUAUAACAAUUUGGAAUUUAAAAAAAAGGAACACAGACUGAAAACUUGACAUGUAUUAUUUUGGUUACAGGACCAGAUUGACAUGCAAUGGAAAUGUCUUUGAAUGCUCACAUUUAAACCUUAUUACCUCAUGAAUAUGUGAAACCCGGAGAGCAGCUGCUUGAUCUAUGUGUGAAUUGAAAACUAAACUAGAACCAGGCCAUUUUACCAGGUAACUCCUGGAUGGUCGAUUGCACCAGUAAAUCAGUUUCUUUUAAAUCCAAUAAAAGUGUCACAACAAAAACCUCAAUUAGUUUAGAUUUGAUCUAAAAUAGUAUUCCUGCUGUUUUGCUGAACAAAUUGCUGCUGAACCUUCAACCUUUGAAUGGCCUUGCCCAGGGUUUUCCAUCAGCUAUGAGGUGUGUUUGGCCCAGUUUCUGAAAUUACUUGGUUUGGCUGGUGGUAAACCAUCCUGAUAAAUUCCACUUCUUAAAAACAAGUUUUUUUUUCUGUUAAAAAAAGGCAUUUUCAAUUAUUAAGUAAAAGUACCUGAUAUAAAAAUACAUCCAUAUUUAAAUUUGUUACUUAUUUAGAUUGCUUUGUUUAAUUUACAUCUCUCUGAAUUGAUUACUUGCAUUGUUAUUAAAGUUAAUACUCCAUGUCACAAUUACAUUUUUAUUGUUGAAAACACUCAGUUGCUAUUUGUAGACACCUUUGAAUUUUCAUGUUUAAACCUGUCAAGUUGAGCUGCAGGUUAACCCCUUGUGAAGCAGCGUUACACAGAUCCUGUCUGACAGAGAACAUAUUCAUGGGAGAUUCUUUACAUAUUCAUGCAGUCUCUUUUAUAACCUUUUAUUCAUCUGUGGAGAGCGUUUGAUGUUGAUUUUAACAAGGCAACGAGGUGAGGCAAUAGUAGCAGCAGAAAUGUGAGAAACUCAGAACAGCUUGAUGCACACUCUGCUGCCAAGCCAUAGUCAGAACCGGGCCUUAAUCUAUAAUUCAACACGGACUGAGUAUAUUCUCCUCUGGGUCGAUGAUCAGGGGGAGAACCGGAUGGAGAGAGGAGGGAGAGCCUUCCAACUUUAUUUCUGAAAUGGGGCCUGGCUCUGCUGCAGUCUUUGAUCUCUCUCUCGCCUUCUCUUUACCCCUUCUCUGUUGUUUUUCCUAGUUUAAAAAAAAAAAAUCUUCCUCCAUACAAAAAAAACCCCAGUACCUUUCAUUCCUGUUCCUUUUUACAUACUGUACUUUAUGUGUACCCUCAUAAAACCUGCAGAGAAUGUGUGAUAAAGCAAUCUGAAGAGAUGUUUCCUAAUAUUCAACAACCCAGAUAUUAGUAUUUUUUCUCAGGCUGAAAAUGGAAACAACCUGUAAUGACCUCUCAGAAUGACAUACUAGGAAAAGUUUAAAAGCAGAACGGGUAAACACAUUUACCGUAAUGAGAUUGCUCUUUGCUGCCCCUUUGUGACUGUGGAUGAAAUGUCCUGCUUCCAUUUUUAGAAACGAGAUUGUUCUGCGAUUGUAAUAUCGUUCCAUUCACUAUAAAUAUUUAUGCCCUAAUCAGUCAGGAUGCUAAUGUUCAACAAACAGCUUUGUUCGUGUCUUGAAAGGUUUAUUUUUCAUAAUGCACCACGGGAGCGCUAUUCUGAGCUUUAAAACCAAUUACACUAACAUAAAAGCCUGACAGCUCCAACAAUGAUGCAUUCAGGGACACUUUAGUAAAGUUUGAAAGAGGCCAACAGAACAUUUUGCACAAACACCUUUCUGUUUCCUUUUUUUCAUUUUUUACAGCAUUUUGGUUUUUUUCUCAUAUCAUAACAAGUGAUUUUACAGGCAUGAAAAGUCUCUUCUAUCAGAUAUAUUAUUGCCCAAUGCAAAAAUAUUGAUUUACUUUCAAAUAUUAAGCCAUCUGGUUUUAUUUCAAUAGCUUAUUUUUGCUGUCAUUUAUGAUCUUUUGUCACAACAUGUGGGCUUUGAAAAAUAAUUUAAAUCAAGCAUGAAGCUGAAAAAAUCUGCAAAUGUUUUUUCUUCAUUUUUUUGAGUUUCCACAGUCUCUCUGAAUCUUUAAAGUUCAAAGAUUGAUGUAUUCAGUGGCCUAUAACUCCACGCUGAAACCCUUCAUGUACUGUAACAUUUUGUGCUUUUGGUCAGUAAUAAAAUACAAAAUCCUGGCGUCAAGCUUUUGAAAAUUA